CGCAUUCUUCAAAGUUUGAGGAUUUUUCAGAAAAAAUAAAAUAAAAUAAAAGUUUGAGGGUUGAAUUUAGCUUCCAUUUCUAAGCCAAAUCGAUACUUUCAUGGCUUCUUCUUCGCCCGAGUUUGAAAAUUUUGUAGCUUCCUUGGUUGCUCAUGUAAGUCACAUAUAGGAGCAAUGUGGAGCUGAAGUUACUGAUAAUUAUGAGACGACAUGCUGGGGCUGUGGACUGCGUGUUAUGCUUCCAUCAUGUGCACCCGUUUUCAAAUGUGGCUGGUGUGGGGCAAUUACUGAUCAAAACAAAAAGAAACGUGAUCAAAGGUGCUUUGGUUGGAGAGUGCUGCGUGAUCGAUGCUUUCUUACUGUUGUCAUCUUAUUCAUGUUCUUUGUAAUAUUUGGUGGGGUGUGGGCAAUCUACCCUGUAGUCUUUUCAAUCAGUCUUCUUUGGGGAAUUUUUCACUCAAUCAUUACAACAAUAUUGGCAAUAGCUACAGUUUCCUUUUUCAGCCUUGCAGCAUUUAGGUGUGCUGGAACACCACCAAAUAUAUUAUGGGGAAGCUACCCCACGGGAGGGAAAGGUGACCUUGAAAAUUAUACACUCUGUCACUACUGCACGAAGCCAAAGUCACCUAGAGCACAUCAUUGUCGUUCGUGCGGAAAAUGUAUACUUGACAUGGAUCAUCACUGCCCAUUUAUUGGGAACUGUGUUGGUGCUGCUAAUCACCACAGCUUUAUUUGCUUCCUAAUUUCAGCAGUCUUGAGCACAAACUAUGUCUCUAUAAUGUCUGCAUAUGCUAGCUUGCACAUGUCGCCACCAUUUUUAUACUCCCUCGGACGCUUAAAGGGGACUACUGGCCGAGAUCUAGCAUGGAAACUUUUGAAUGAAAUUUUCGUCGCCUUCCUGAGAUCUGCGCUGUUUCUAUCCUCUAGAGGACUUGUUCUUGUGUAUCUGUUUAUCGCGAGUGUUUCACUGCAGAUAGGAUUAAGCAUUCUUUUAUGGCAGCAGCUCUCUUUUAUAUAUCAGGGGAAAACAUAUCUGAGUAACUUAAGUUCACAGACAGAUAAUGAAGAAGAAGAAGAAGAAAAGAAAGAUUGCCAAAAUCUUGUUAGAUUUUUCGGUUUUCAAUAUUUUGUGACGAGAUUUUUGUCAAACUUCUGGGUAACUCGGAAGAGACACAACAAAUAAGCUGAAACUGUCAUGUUAUGUAGUCAAUGGUAUGUGACUCUUCUUGACAAUUUGUAUCAAAAUAUUUGUAUCUUUUAAUAUAGGUAAAUAAGAUAUUUCAGAAAAGACCA